GUGGCACGUUCGGCCAAUUCCUAACCCUUACUUACACUUACUUACCUACCCUCUCACCCAUUGUCACGGGUUUGGAACUUGAGACAUCAUGAGCAACCAGGGAGAUCCUGUUCCUAGUAGGCUGGAAUAUGACGACACCUCUGUUGAGCCUCCACCUGAUGGGGGCUACGGUUGGGUUGUCGUCGGCUCGUGUUUUACCCUCAACUGUUUCUCUUGGGGAGUGACAGCGUCUUUUGGGAUCUACCUUUCCGAAUAUAUGUCUUCAGGAAUGUUUCCAGAAGCGAGACCCUUGGAAUAUGGAUUCAUCGGCGGCCUGAACUUCACCAUGGCCGUGCUCCUCGCCCCAUUGGCGACUUUGCUGGCUCGCAGAUUCGGCGUGCAUGCUGUCAUGCUUUCAGGGAGUCUAUUGCAGAGCAUCGGCUACGUGGCAGCCUCGUUUGCCUCGCGUGCCUGGCAUCUUUACCUCUCACAAGGUCUUCUUGUUGGCUGCGGCAUUGGUUUCAUCAUGAUACCGAGCACGGCUGUCCUCUCCCAAUGGUUCGUCAAGAAGCGCAGCGUCGUCAAUGGCAUUAGUUCUGCCGGCUCUGGAAUUGGAGGAGCCGUCUUCGCGUGGGGUUCGGCAGCGAUGAUACAACGCUAUGGUCUGCCUUGGGCGCUUCGUAUGACAGGGCUUGUCACUGUUGCAGCUACUGCCAUUGCUGCGCUCCUCAUCCGGGACAGGAACCACCACAUCAACCCGACCCAGAUUGCCCUUGACUUCAAGCUUCUCCGCCAGGAGGCAGUCGCCUUACUCCUGUUGUGGGCGUUCGUUAGCAUGUUCGGGUAUAUUGCCCUGCUCUUCUCUCUGUCCGACUUCGCGAUAGAGGUAGGGCUCUCGCGCGACCAGGCGACCGAUAUCGUGGGCUUCUUAAAUAUCGGGACGGCGGUAGGCAGGCCGAUUAUUGGUCUGGUCAGCGAUCGUGUGUCCAGGGUAAAGACUGCAGGUACACUCACAUUCGCAUGUGGUGUCAUAUGCUUUGCCCUCUGGAUUCCGGCCACCUCCUUCGGCCUGAUGAUAUUCUUCUCCGUUGUAUGUGGCGCAAUCCUCGGGAUUUUCUGGAUGACUAUCGGUCCUUUGUGUGUGGAAGUUGCUGGUCUCAGAAACCUUCAAUCCUUGCUAUCUCUGUCCUGGGCCACAAUUGCGAUCCCGACUGCCUCGGCCGAGGUGAUAACCUUGCGUCUGCGGGAAAUACCGGCCCCUCGGCCAUAUCUGUAUGCUCAAAUCUUCGCCGGCCUCUCCUACAUCAUAGCCAGUGGGUUUAUGCUCGUACUAUGGCGUGUGCUUCGCCGAAGAGAAACAGGAGCUUGA